GCAAGCGCAACGUGAUUUUUUAACAUUUUUAAUUAGUAAGAUAAGAGGGUGAAUGGAAAUCAAACAAAAAAGUUGGUAUGUAGGUAGGUGCUACAGUACAAUUACGAGUGAUCUAGUGAGCAAACUUGACCCGAAGUUAUCGGAAACUACAUUAAUUCCUACAAUAUCGCUUGUUUAUCAUUCAAACGAGUGCUAUCGUUUCGCGCGGUUGUGAGGCGCCUGCGCAGUUCGAGCCGGUUCCACAGAUACCAAUACACAAACAUAGAAUGGGUGGUAAUUAUUCCGCUAUGGAUCCGAUGGACGUACCAGUCCCCGACUUAGAGAAAUUAUUCGAAAGGGACGGCUAUUUAAAACCCUACGAACGCGAAAUACGUCGCAGAUAUGGGUGCUUCAAAGACCUGUGGCAGCGUAUGGAGUCGUGGGAGGGCGGAGUUCAGGGUUUCACGCAGGGGUACAAGUACUACGGGCCACAGUUCCACAGCAACGGCUCCGUGACAUGGCGUGAGUGGGCCCCGGGCGCGCACUCCAUCCAUCUGCAGGGAGACUUCAAUGGCUGGAACUCAAAGAGCCACGCGUUCAAAAAGCUAGAAUAUGGCAAAUGGGAGCUGCACAUUCCGCCUAACGCCGACGGCGCAUGCGCGUUGAAACAUGGCGGACGAGUGCAGAUCAUCGUCAACGACCAUCUCUACAGGAUAUCGCCUUGGGCAAGCUACGUUAAACCUCACGAAGGGUUCACAUAUCAACAGUUCAUUUAUAAACCUGAUCAACCGUACAAAUUCAAGAACCAGAAAGUAAAAAAGCCCGCUUCUCUCAAAAUCUACGAGAGCCAUGUUGGUAUCGCCACUACUGAGGGUAGAGUCGGCACGUACAAGGAAUUCAUGGAUAAUGUCCUGCCCAGGAUAAAGAAACAAGGAUACAAUGCCAUUCAGCUGAUGGCCAUAAUGGAGCACGCGUAUUAUGCGUCGUUCGGGUAUCAAGUGACCAGCUUCUUUGCGGCCAGCAGCCGCUACGGCACGCCCUGUGAGCUGAAGCAACUCAUCGACAAAGCUCACGAGAUGGGCCUGUACGUGCUACUGGACGUGGUCCACUCUCACGCCUCCAAGAACACGCUGGACGGACUCAACGAGUUCGACGGCACCAACGCGUGCUACUUCCACGACGGGCCGCGCGGCACACACUCGCUGUGGGACAGCCGCCUCUUUAACUACUCUGAAACGGAGGUGUUGAGAUUCCUGCUAUCCAAUCUCCGGUGGUAUCAGGAGGAGUAUCAGUUCGAUGGAUUCAGAUUCGACGGCGUCACAUCCAUGUUGUACCACAGUCGCGGCAUCGGCGAAGGCUUCUCAGGUCACUACGACGAGUACUACGGGCUAAACGUGGACACUGAGGCGCUGGUCUACCUCAUGCUGGCCAACGAGAUCGUUCAUACCCUCGACGAUAGGGCUAUCACUAUUGCUGAGGAUGUAUCAGGCAUGCCAGCGACAUGCAGACCAGUGAACGAAGGCGGCACCGGGUUCGACUACCGGCUGGGCAUGGCCAUCCCGGACAUGUGGAUCAAGCUACUGAAGGAGGAACGCGACGAGGACUGGAAGAUGGGCCAUAUCGUGCACACCCUCACCAACAGGCGCUGGAAGGAGGGCACUGUCGCCUAUGCUGAGAGCCACGACCAGGCGCUGGUAGGCGACAAAACUAUCGCGUUUUGGCUGAUGGACGCGGCGAUGUAUACUCACAUGAGCACCCUCUCCGAGCCCAGCCCCGUGGUGGAGCGCGGCCUGGCGCUGCACUGCAUGAUCAGGCUCAUCACGCACUCGCUGGCCGGGGAGGCGUACCUCAACUUCAUUGGUAACGAAUUCGGCCACCCAGAGUGGCUGGAUUUCCCCCGCGCCGGCAACAACUCCUCGUACCACUACGCGCGCCGCCAGUGGAACCUGGUUGAUGACGACCUGCUCAAAUACAAGUUCCUCAACAAUUUCGACAAGGACAUGAAUGACCUUGAAGAGAGAUACGGGUGGCUGAGGGCGGACCCUGGGUACGUGUCAUGCAAGCACGAAGGGGACAAGGUGAUCGCGUUCGAGCGAGCUGGCCUGCUAUUCGUCUUCAACUUCCACCCCUACCAGAGCUUCACCGACUACAGGGUCGGAGUCAACGUAGCUGGCAAAUAUAAGGCGGUGCUUUGUUCGGACAGUAAGAGAUACGGCGGAUUUGGUCGCGUGGAGCCCGAUGGUGACGAACACCUCACGCAGGACAUGCCUUGGGGCAACAGGAAUGAUUCUAUACAGGUAUACAUCCCUUGCCGCACUGCUAUUAUUUAUGCACUUGUUAAUUAAAAUUUAUUGUUGAAUUUAUAAAUCUAUUGCCAUAAUGAACACUUUUUUUGUUAAAAGUGCUUCUAUAAUUGUUUUAAGAAUUGUUACUAUAAAUAAUGCAGAUGAAAUAAAAUUAAAUCAAAGAUUAUUACCCUAAUAAUCUUAAAAAUGUGUAACAUUUAUUUUAUAGAUAUAUUUUUUAUUAUAUUUUAAUAUAAUAUACUGUUAUGAAGCAGUAGUGUAAAAUGAAAGACUUGUUAUUAUGAUAGUACAAAGUGUGGUCUAUUUUAUAAAAUAAUAAAGUUGUUUUAUGAAAAUAAAGACAGAUCUGUUUUGAAA